CUUGUGGCGCACACGCGCGGGGACAGAUAUCACCGCUGUAGAUGAUUUCUACUGCCAUUGGGGUCAAGGCAUUAUAGGUGCCAUCAUGCAUAGCAGUGAUCGUGAUCCGGGGUUAGUAGCUGACACGCAUACACGCAACGUUCGAUGAGUCGAUGUGCAGUGGUCGGCCUUGCGCCAAGUAACUCGAUCCGCGGAGCGGGCACACCGCAUAUGGGCUUAAGUAAAGACCCGCAAAAAAGCACUGCUCAAUCAUUUGAUCAAAAUGGUGCGGGAUACCGAUUCUGGAAUGUAUGUGAUAUUGUGGGCAUGUGGUAUGAAGAAUGGAUGCGGUGGCCGUCAAACCUUUGAUAUGAUUGGCACACACGGAUAUAUACAAUGUGUACUGCCCCUUCGAAUUGCUAGCGCUUCCAUUCUAGCUUCUGCAAACGCUUCUAGCUUGGCUUUUCUCGAGCUAA